AUGAACCUGUCUUUCCCCAUCUCACACGCCAACUUCCUAUCUCCCACAUCCCUUGUCCACGACUCGAAGCCGCCACCGAAACCCGCCAUGAGCAUGUUCAGCCACAAGCCCGUGGUGGAGGAGCCAGACAAUGUCAUCCUCCACGAACCAUGGCCUAUGCCGGAGAACGUCGGCCCGAACCACUGCGCGCCGGGCAGCUCUAUUCUCAUCCAGCCGGAAGAGGAGGCGGAAAGCAGUACAGGGAGACCGAGGCGGUUCAGCAUCCUUGGAGGGAGGCGGAGCAGCCGGGCAUCAUCAGUUGGCAGCUCCUCCAAGGGCCGCAGGUCCUUCUCGGAGGGACUAGCAGGCGGGAAGCUAUUCGACUCGAACCCCUUUAGCUUCAGCGACGUGCCGACGUGUGCGGCAGAGAUCAAGCCGCCCACUGCGGCGGAGCGGGAGAGGUCUGGCUCGCCCUCGUCCUUGCAGCAGCGAGAGAGCUCGCUCCGUUUCGGCGCGCUUCCGCACCGUCCACCAGAGCUGAAGAGGGCGUCGAGUAUCACUAUUGGAGUGUUGAGUCGAGGGAAUAUGCUAGCGGAGCAGAACGGCGGAGGAGGCGGAGGAGGACCGCCAAGGAGGGCGCCAAUUCCACGACCUGUUGUCUCCUCUGAGCCAGAACCCGUCGACCUCGGCGUCGUGGUCAAAUCCGGCGCGAAGAAACUCUGGGGAAACGUCCGCUCGUCCAUAUCCAGCAGUCCAUCGUCGAGCUCCCGCGCGUCCGACACCUCACCCGCUCGCUCAAGCAGCAGUCUAGGCGGCUCUCCUGCUCGCUCCCCAGCAACAUCCCUCAGCCCCGCUCCUUCCUCAGACACCAGCUCUCGCCGGUCCGCCUCUCCCAACCCCUCCAUACCAGACUCGGUCCCUCCCCCUGCGCCCUCAGAGGAGUUCGCCAAGCCGCGGGGAGGAAUGGGGUUGACGGCGGUGACGGAGGAGUCGGGAAGUGGGGCCGCUACACCCAUUGCAGGGAGGGGCGGAAGCUCUCUGGGGCUGGAAAACCUACAUCUCAAACUGGAGGGCGUGACGAGUACUCCUCCGGCCCAAGGCGGAAAUCGAUACCGCGAGUGGUCUCGCUCACCGCCGGCUUCUCCCUCGGAUAUCACACGGACGGACUCGCCAAGUCUCAGACACCCCGACCCCUCCAAGCGUGCGCCUAGUCCUCCACCACGCCCAGCCGACCGAGAAGGAGCAGAGGAAGAGGCGGAGAGGACAGAGGUGGCGGAGGCAUUGAGGAACACAGGGACUGCGGAGCCUAGUCACGGUCCGCGGUUGCACAGAAGCGCAUCAUUUGGGGCGAACGACUAUGCGGCUCGCGGGGAGGAGAAGGCAGCCGAUAUGGCGGAGAGGAUAGGCAGAAAUGAGACGAGGGAAUCGGCGAUUAUGGGAUACCAAAGAAGGGUGGGCGACUGA